UCCAGCUUCCGGGAGCGGAUUGCUGAGGUUGGCGUGGGGUUCACCGUGCCUUGCUCCACCCCACCCUCGGGUCCUGACCCGCGGUCGACGGCCCCAGAGGCUCAGUGUUUCAGGGUUGCUCUUGACAACCGCAACUUCCGGGAGCGAGCGCGUCCCCUCCCCCGCCCCCGGCUCCGCAGACCCGGCGACUUGGGUUCCGGCCUCUGCGCGGCGGUUGGUCGGUGGGUGAUCGCGGUUCGCCGCCGCUACCCUCGUUCCCUGGGGCCUCCUCAUCGUGUCGGCGGGGUGCCCGGGGCCGCCAUGGUUCUGCUGCACGUGAAACGGGGCGACGAGAGCCAGUUCCUGCUGGAGGCGCCGGGGAGCACCGAGCUGGAGGAGCUCACGGUGCGGGUGGCCCGGGUCUACAAUGGGCGCCUCAAGGUGCAGCGCGUGUGCUCAGAGAUGGAAGAGUUGGCAAAACACGGCAUAUUUCUCCCUCCGAAUAUGCAAGGACUGACGGAUGAACAAAUCGAAGAACUGAAGCUCAGGGAUGAGUGGGGCGAAAGGUGUGUGCCCAGCGGGGGCGCGGUGUUUAAGAAGGACGACAUUGGACGGAGGAACGGGCAAGCCCCAAAUGAAAAAAUGAAGCAAGUUUUAAAGAAGACUGUAGAAGAAGCCAAAGCAAUAAUAUCUAAGAAACAAGUGGAGGCCAACGUCUGUGUUACCAUGGAGAUGGUGCAGGAUGCCCUGGACCAGCUCCGAGGCGCCGUGAUGAUUGUGUACCCCAUGGGGCUGCCCCCCUACGACCCCAUCCGCAUGGAGUUUGAAGACAAAGAGGACUUGUCGGGGACUCAGGCAGCGCUCAGCGUCAUAGAGGAAUCUGCGGCGCAGCUGUGGUGGGCAGCCAAGGAGCUACGGAGAGUGAAGAAGCUCUCAGACUACGUGGGCAAGAACGAGAAGACCAGGAUCAUCGUCAAGAUUCAGCAGAGGGGUCAAGGCGCCCCGGCCCGGGAGCCCGUGAUCAGCAGUGAGGAGCAGAAGCAGCUGAUGCUCCAUUUUCACAGAAGACAGGAGGAGCUCAAGAAGCUGGAAGAAAACGCUGACGACUCCUGUUUGAAUUCUCCGUGGGCAGACAACACCGCUUUAAAGAGGCACUUCCACGGGGUGAAGGACAUCAAGUGGAGACCCAGAUGAGGGGCCGGCGGGUGAGGCGUUCAGCAGCGUGGCAUCCCUGAUGACGAAAAGGCCAGCUGCUGCUCUCAUGAAAGACACUGCACUCUUGUUCAUCAGUCCAUUCUUAGAAGAAUCUGCCUAGAGGGUUCUGACCGCAGGGCAGAUAUUUAGCAUUUGAGGUUUUUCUCUGGUACAAUAAUAAAAAUGUGACUACAGA